ACAAAAACAUAGAAAGAGAAAGAGAAAGGCUUUUGCUUGAUUCUUCUCAGCUUGAUUGAGAAAUCAAAUCGCACCAAAAAGAAAGGGAAGGCAAACAAAAAAAAAAAGAGAGUGCAGAGCAGAAUUGUGUCUGCUAUAUUGUUGGUGGGACUUGUGAUCGGGUCUUCAUUUGAUUGUUUUUGUUCGAAUUCUCGGUGGAUUUUGAUUCUCCGAGGUGAAUCAUGGCGAAAUUCGAGCUCGGAUUCGGCUUUCGGAGAGAUUGAGGGUUUGAUUUGGGCGUGUUUUUUGAAUGAUUUCCGUGGGAAGUAGCGGUAGGGAUGCGAGGCAGGAGCUAGGGUUAGGGUUUAGUGGUCGUCGGUCGGAGAUGGACGACACCGAGCUUGAAGAAGGCGAGGCGUGUUUCUACCAGAACAACAACGACGAUUACGAUGCGAGCAUCGAUCCCGAUGUUGCUCUCUCUUAUAUCGAUGAGAAACUUCAAGAUGUUCUGGGACACUUUCAAAAAGAUUUUGAAGGUGGGGUUUCUGCAGAAAAUUUGGGGGCAAAAUUUGGCGGGUAUGGCUCAUUUUUACCUACCUAUCUGCGUUCUCCUGUUUGGUCUCAGAAGACUCCGCCAAAAGUUCAGAGCUAUAGUGCAUCCAGAUCACCAAACAAUUUUAAUCUGGAGGGUGGCCAUUGUAACUCUGUUGUUUCUUCAACUGCCCCUCCAUCGGGGGGUCGUGGACCUGCUUCUACCAGUUCCACCUCAGUCCCUGCAGUAAAGGCAUCAUCAGUAAAUGAGUCGGGAAAACAAGAAGUAAGCAUGGCAGCUGCUUGUAUUGUUGAAGAAGUAGCACCUAGACUUGAUUUUAAAAGCAAGAAACCUUCAAGUGCAUCAGACCAGAAAACGCUGAAGGUGCGAAUAAAAGUGGGUUCUGAUAACUUGUCGACACGAAAAAAUGCAGCAAUCUACAGUGGGCUUGGCCUUGAUGAUUCACCAUCUUCUUCAUUAGAUGACAGUCCCUCAGAAAGUGAGGGUAUAUCUCACGAGCACCGAGAUGCCUCAUUCGAAUCUCCAACUAGCAUUCUUCAGAUUAUGACAUCCUUCCCAGUUCAGGGAGGUCUACUUUUAUCACCUCUUCAUGAUGAUCUUAUCCACUUGAUGGAAAAGGAAAAGCUUCGAAAAGAGGCUAGAUAUGUACCUAUUCCAAUGGGUGGUGUGGAAACCUCUGACGUAAUAAACAGAUCUGAUACAAUGAAGAGCGAUGGGAAAUUAUUAGGGGAGAAGAACAUGAAAUUAGUUGAAAAAACUGAUUAUUCAGCAGAAUCUAAGAGUGGGAAUGAUAAGGAUGCUCGAAUGCGGGAUUUAUCCAGGAAGGAACCUGAUCUUGAUGCAUUAGCUUGCGAGGAACUUGUUUCUAAUACCUUGAAGCUUCCUAUUCUCUCUAAUUCGUAUUCAACUGCUGGUGACAUGAAAAGAAGCAGAGAUGUUAACAAUAGCGUUUUAAAAGAUACAGUCUUUUCUGAUCAAGCAGAAGAAGAACUGGAGUCAACAUUCACCCAAGAGGAUGGACGGGUUGAAAAGCGGAAAGCCAUUUCAGCUAGAAAGGGCUUGGUAGAAGGAAAAGAAAGCUCCAUCAAUGAAACGUCAGUUCCAAGUAAAGAAGGCGAACAAAAAGGAGAGAAAAUCUAUGACACAGUAAAAUCUGACUCAAAUGUCGCAAAGGCCAAGAAAGCAUUAAAUACUGAGGGCAUGGAUUCUACCAAGCAAAAGGCUAAUAAGAAGGCCAUAUCCCAUGAACAAGAGAGUACAAGAUUAUCUCAUGGGAAGGACAAUCCGUUUCCUGGGGAAAAAAGGAAAUCAAAGGGAAGUCAUGGCACCGUGGCUGGAGAGGUACCGAGAGAAACCUUUAGGGUUGGUUCUUCAAUUCCCAAAUCAAAGAAGAGCACCAACAUGGACACUAAUGCUGAUGCAGAACAUAGAAAAUCGCAAAAAGAUCUCAGGAAAUCCAGAGACAGAUACAAAGACUUCUUGGGAGCAUUGGAAGAAGCUAACCCAAUGGAUUUGUUGGAAAUUCCUUCUGAAGAUAAGCAUAGGGAGUCUGAUAUGCGGGCAAAGAGCAUAUCUGUAAUCAAUGGUCCACCAAAGGAGCGACCAAGUGGUAAGAAAGUUGAUAAGCCAUGGACGUCAGAGGCAGUCCCUUUAACAGCUUCAAGCCCACGAUCUGGAAAUGGACUUCUUUCUGAUGUAGUUCCGCCCACAGCAGCUCCUGUUGUGAUAGAGGAAAAUUGGGUUCAAUGUGACAAGUGUCAGACAUGGAGGCUUCUUCCACUUGGUACCAAUCCUGACCAUCUACCUGAGAAGUGGGUGUGUAACAUGCUCAACUGGCUGCCUGGAAUGAAUCGGUGUAGUUUUACUGAGGAGGAAACGACGAAAGCUCUUAUUGCACUAUACCAACCUGCUGCUCCUGAGAGUCAAACCAAUCUUCACGGUAAUCCCAGUGCGAUCUUCAGUGGAGCCACAUUGACAAAUUUUAGGCACCCUGACCAAAAUCCACGUAAUCUCAGUGGUAAGAAGAAACAUGGAUUAAAAGUAACGUCAAAUGCUGCAAAUACAGACAGUCCCACUCAGUUGUCAAACUCUAUGAAGAGAAGUAUGCAGGCAUCAGCAAAGAAUAGAAGCUUGAAUGAUGCAAACAAUUCUCCUCUGGUGAAUGAACCUGAUUUUCAGCAACUAAGCAAGUCUAAUGACUUCACAGUGGAGAAUCAACAUAAGUAUAAAGAAAAGAACAAAGCAGUUGAACUCAAUGGUUUUGGAGGUGAUACCAAGAAUUCAAAGAUGAAAAGCAGAAGAGAUUCUGAUCAAGAUUCCUCUAGAGCUUCCAAAAAAAUAAAGACCGAGGCUAAGAAUAUUAUUGAUGAUGAUUGGACAUCAGAUCACAGCGGGGCAGUUGGGAAGGUGGGUCCUAGCUCAAGCGGCGGGUUUCCAACAUCUUCAGCAGGGAAGCAUAGAACCAAAUACUCUGACCGCUCAUUUUCCAAGGAAUUAGAAUUCGAUUCAAAGGACAAGGUACAAGUUUCGAUUUCGAAAUCAAAAGUCAAGGAUGGAGUUCCUUUAGACGGCAGCUCCUUAGACCUAGGUAAUGCUGAAACUAGAGACAAUGCAAAAAAACGGAAGACAAAGGAACUUCAGAAUGGUUCCUACCCAAGUACAGAACGACAUCUACCUAAUAGUAUGCCUUUUGUGAAGGAGGAGAUUAGUGAUAGUGACUACAGGAAGGAAAAGAAGCUGAGAACAUCUAGAUCCGAGGGAAAGGAGUCUAGUGCAAGCAAAGGCAGCAGUAGAUCAGACAGAAAACGUAGUCAUUCAAAGAAUCAGCUACGUGCACAGGACCUUGACAUCACUAAUCAGCACAAUUUGGAUGGUAUGGAUUUGUCAAAAAGGGAUUCGAGAGCUAUGCAGGCUUCUUUGGCUGCCACUUCAAGUUCUUCCAAAGUUUCUGGGUCACAUAAAACCAAGUCCAGCUUUCAGGAGGCAAAAGGCUCUCCAGUAGAAUCAGUGUCAUCAUCACCUAUGAGAAUUACAAAUCCAGACAAGUUUACAUCAGCCGGUAGGGAUGCCUUGACGAAAGAUGAAUUUCAGCAUGUUGGGCAUUUUGCAAUGCGCAGUCCAAAAAGAAGCUCUGAUGGUGAAGAUUUGGGUGGGAGUGAUCAUACUCGGCCAGGAGCAAAGGACAACAUGCCCAAUGUGGCUCAUCAUGGAUUUCUUGAGUUCUCAGCACAAGAACUUCAGGAAAAGGAUUUUAAACACACAUCGAGUAGUAAAGCUAGAAGACAGACUGUGCCUUCUCCUGAUAUUGAGAACCACCAUUCUAUGAAUGGUGCUUUGGAUAAUUUGGGCCAAGAAACUCAACAUCCUACUAAACCGCUGGCUUCAGAUCACUUUGGUGAUGAAGAUAAACAGAAUGAAUGCAGUUACCAUGCAAAUGGAUCUCGCCCGAGGAAGUCUGCAAAGGGAUCCUCUUCAAGGUUUGACAAGAGUAGGAGCUUUAAAUCAGAUUCUGAUGCAGUCCAGGUCAAAAGUUCUAAUGUCCAUGAACUGCAUGCUUGCUCACCUUCUGAUGACUUAAAACCAAGGGAUGGUAAAAAGAAGUUGCAUGAGAAGCUUGGGGUUAAGUCUGAGGAGAUUGAGGAGAAAGUUUCCAGUAGAAAAGCUGUUACAGGAAAAAUGUUGAGUGAGGGUUUGAAAAGAGAAAGUCAGCUAAAAGUUGGAGGGCCUGAUCAAAAAGUAGAUGCAAUUUGCCGGAAAGAUGUUAUGUCAACUCCGAAGCAGAAUCUUUUGCCAGAGAGCAAUGAUGAGAGGUCUUCAAAGAGGUUGGUUUCUGACAAGACUGAUCAAGUGGAAACAGUCUCUAGUGGGGACAGGUCAGUACUCUUACCACCCUCUGGAGGACCUCAGAGUGGUACGCUUAAUCGUUGUUCCCAGCCAGGCACAGGGGCCUACAGAGGAAAUGGAGCAGAGACUUUGCAAGCUGAAGGCGACAAUGCGCUCAAAGUGCAAAAACAUAUCAAAAAGGCUGAUAACCAGAAUAGAUCUCAGCAGAUCAGUUCAAGGCAUCCAACUAAAAAUGGACAUAGAGCCAGGGAUAUUGAGGUCCCAAGUCCGCUUAGAAAAGAUUUGCCCAGCCACGCUGCUACCAAUGCUUUGAAAGAAGCAAAAGAUCUAAAACACAUGGCUGAUCGUCUCAAGAGCUCUGGCUCAAAUCAUGAGAGGACAGGACUCUACUUUCAAGCAGCCCUCAAGUUUCUUCAUGGAGCAUCUCUGUUGGAAUCUGGUUGCAGCGAGAGUACCAAUCACAAUGAUAUGGUUCGGUCACGACAAACUUAUAGUGAAACUGCUAAGUUAUGCGAGUUUUGUGCCCAUGAAUAUGAGAAAUCCAAGGAUAUGGCCGGCGCUGCUCUGGCCUACAAAUGCAUGGAGGUGGCGUACAUGAGGGUAAUUUAUUCUUCCCAUACCAGUGCUAGCAGAGAUCGGCAUGAGUUGCAGACAGCUCUCCAAGUGGUUCCUCUUGGUGAAUCUCCAUCUUCUUCUGCCUCUGAUGUUGAUAAUUUUAACAACCACACAACAGUGGACAAGGUUGCCUUAUCUAAGGGUGUUAGUUCUCCACAGGUUGCUACAAACCAUGUUAUUGCUGCCCGAAACCGCCCCAACUUUGUGAGGCUGCUCAGUUUUGCACAGGAUGUAAAUUUUGCCAUGGAAGCAUCUAGAAAAUCACGGAUUGCUUUUGCGGCUGCUAAUGUAAAUAUGGCAGAAGCCAAAUAUGGGGAGAGUAUCUCUUCCAUUAAAAGGGCUCUUGAUUUUAAUUUCCAGGAUGUUGAUGGAUUACUACGUUUGGUACGGCUUGCCAUGGAGGUCAUUAGCCGUUGAAGACUCCAAGUGGUGGUGGAAAAUUUUCUAAGUCCAGGUUGCGGGAUCGGUUGGUGAAGCCUUGAGGAUGUGAUAAGAGGCCAACCUGUUAUCUCUGCUCGGUUACUGGAUACUUCUUUUGGGCACUGCUUGUAGCGCAGGCUUGAUUUCUCUGUCCGUGUUCAUAAGUUUUUGAUGGUUCUCAAGAUCAGCUUUCUGGCAAUGCACUGCACAGUCCCGAGGUUUUUCACUAUUUACUUGGAAGUGUAUGCCUCAACUGAUACGAGAGAAGAUUGCAAGCUCCUUUGCAUAUGGGUAGAUCUUCUUCACCAUGGAACUGAGGAUUUUGGUCAAUCGUCAAUGUAAAUAAAUUAAAAAAAGAAAAAAGAAAAUACAACUUCGUUGUGGGGUGGUUAUUUGUUAUCUGUUCUAGUAGCGACAACCCAAGAACUGGGAGCUGCCUAUUGUGCAUAAAUCUAUCUAGCUUUAUUUUUUAAACGAGAAAUUCGCAGAUACAUAACGAUGUGAAUCUUAGGUUGUUAUCUUCAGUAGUUUUGCAGUUGAGAAAUUAUUUAGCUUCAUUUAUUGAUUCAUUAGUUAAUAAAUCGACGUCGAAUGUGGGAGGGGAAUAAUGUUAUUGUAUGUGUAGCUGCCGUUACAUACUCCUUACAGUCAAGUUCGUGUACAUACACAAGUUUAUUGAAUUCAGAAUUUCAGAUUAUUCCAGAAUCAGUUCCAGCUUCUCUAUAAAUGAGAGAGGAUUGGCAUGGUAUAUGACCAAGCUAUAUACUUCCAUCGUUCAUGUCUUCAUCUAACAGGUUACAGUUACAAUGGCAGCAAAGCUAGCAUGUGAUUAGUUGACCUUGUUGUAAAUUUUCUUUUUGUUUGAUGUUGAUUGUAAUUUGUGCUUGUUCUGUGGUAGCAAUUCAUUAACUGAGAUAAAUUUUCAUCCCCGCCUCCUAAAUUUAUUCUUUGCCUUCUCUAAUGUAUGUCAUAUAGCAGUAAUAAUUCAUGUUCACGUUAUAAAAUAGAGAAAUUUUUGUUUGAGAAAA